AAAAAGAAAGGUGGUAAAGGGAAUAAGGAGAAAGAGAAGAAGGCGAAACAAAAAGACAAAGACAAAGAUAAAAAAAGUACAAGUAACGCUGAACCAAAAAAUGCAUCCAAAUUCGCAAAGUCGCAACCGAUCGCCCCUCCAUCUGUCGCAGCAUCUUCAUCACACCCGCACGCUCGCCAUCAAACACAGCAACAUCUACGUUCUCCCUCUCAACCUAGCAACCCUGCUAUCUACACAGUGCCUCCACUCUCGCCACAUCCAAUGGGUAACACUCCGAAUUACCCCCCGAAUUACCCUCCACCAUACCCCUCGCGUCCUCCACCUUACCCUUCGCGGCCUCCAUCAAACCCAAAUCAACUGUACGUGCCUACACCGGCACAGGCACCUCAAAGACCUACUACGCCAUCAUCAGCCGCUGCUGCAGUUGCGUCUGGGCUGCUGGGUAAACUAUUGGGUGCCAGUAAAUAGAACAUUCAGGCCGAUCGAUCACUGCGUUCGCAUUUGGACAGAGAAGCUGGUCUGAGGGUGCUACCGAUCUCGUUCCUUGACUAGUGCGUGUCAUGGAGGUAAAGGUUGAUCGGUGCCGGGGUUCCUGUUUAAUAUGACAGAUGCGCCAGAGCUGAAAUUUCAGUGGUCUUGAAUCUUCUUCAAUCUGGAACCUUACCGCGAUCGACGAGACGAGACACGUCUGUGGCAGGUACCGCAUCUGUUUCCGGCUCCUAUGUACCAGCCCAGAGUAUGCAAUCACCUUGACGAUAAAAAUCCAUGGCUGAGAUUUGCCCCGGUUUGCAAUUGGGUUAGGACGUGUGGGGUAGUUUCAGAUCUGUACAAGUGACACUGUGCUGUAGAGAUCCUGGUAUGGUUACCUACUACUGUGCUGUUUCAAAACGAAAUGAAGUUCCUGACAUACCCUGGGCCAGAGUUAUCGAUUUGAUACCAGCCCGUCACAUAGUCUAGUCCAAUAUAACGCUGAUUUGGUGGGUGCCCCCGUUCGGUGGU